GUAACUUCACUUUAUGGUAAUGCGGAAGUUCUCAUGCUGAUGGCUGAUGAUAACGAUUUCCAGUAGUGUACUGACACGUAGAUAAGGUGCAUUUGAAUGACUGUCACUCCCAGAUAAGGUUGGUUACGCGAAAGGAAAGAUGGGAAAGCGGCGUAAGAGGGUCUCAACGGGUGAUACAGUGCCCAGUCCUAGAAAGGAUGAAAAAACACCUGCUCCUCCACGUAGGGAGAAGAAAAAGAAAACUGACAUUGGAAAGGUGUUCAUCAAUAUAUCCAUCGGCUUGUGCAUCUUCAGCCUCACCUGGUUUUUCUAUGCUCUGUACAUGCGCGCAGCCUUGGCCAAGAGGGUCGUGACCUUGCACCCUUCUCAACGGGUCCUGAAUGAUAAUUACUCAAGUCCUGCUGUAUCUCAAGAGAGAUUCUGGGGUUCCUACCGACCCCAGGUGUACUUUGGCAUGAAAACAAGAAGUCCCAGAUCUGUUGUGACAGGCUUAAUGUGGAUGCAGCAGUCUACUGAUAUGGAUGUCAAUUUAAGGCACACUUGCGAGCAGGGGGACCAUUUGCAGGGCUAUGGAUGGCUGAUGCACGAUGGGGUCUCUUUUGGGGUCCAGGAGAUUCAUGAUCGCCAUUUCACCUUGACUACAGAGUUUGUAAAGCGUAUGGGUGGAGAUCACGGUGGAGACUGGACUUGGAGGAUUACUGCCAAACAACAUAGCUCUGGUGCCACAGCUCCAGUGAUCUCGCUGAUGUUCUACGUCGCCACAGAUAUUCAGGGUUCCUUGCAAGCUCAUGCACAGGAGAAAAAUCACUUAAGCUCUGUUACAGGAACAUCUGAGGAGCUUGGCAACUUCAAGAUCACUUUUGGAAAACCCACCGCAGGGGAAGGUGCAACUGGCAAAUAUGCCAGAUAUAAUUACUUACAGACCAGGAGCCCUGGCCUGGAUAAGAUGACAGAUAUAGUGAAGAACAGCCUCAAUCACAAGUUUAUUUUCAGUCCUCCCAAAGGCGAAAGGAGACCAUAUUUCUCAGUGGAUUCUCACAAAGUCUCAAACCAUCAGAAUCAACAGCAAGAUCCCAAGACAGAGAGUGACUUUGUGGUGCAUCAGGUGACCGUUCAGACACCUUUCCAAAUUGAAGUUCUGUUCGAAUCCGGAAGCUUUCACGAAAGACCGAAUCAGCUUGCAGGCUCUGUGCUAACGGAUGAGCUGGAGAUGCGCAAGGCGGCUUUUGAUGAGAAGUUUGAGAGCACAUUUGGCCUCCAAGCUAAAGGGUUCACAUCUUCACAGAUAAAAUUUGCCAAGGCAGCUUUAAGCAACAUGCUUGGUGGAUUGGGAUAUUUCUACGGCCAGUCGGUCGUACAGUCGGUUUAUAACGAACACCCCUUGCUUUACCCCGAAAGCCCACUGUUCACGGCAGUACCGUCUCGCUCUUUCUUUCCAAGGGGCUUUCUCUGGGACGAAGGGUUUCAUCAGCUUCUCCUGAGCAAAUGGGACCCUCGGUUAUCCCAGGAGGUCAUAGCACACUGGCUCGAUCUUAUCAACGUCGAGGGCUGGAUCCCCCGCGAGCAGAUCUUGGACGAUGAGGCACGCAGCAAAGUACCAUCCGAAUUCAUAGUGCAGCACAAUGAAAAUGCCAACCCCCCCACAUUGUUCCUGGUUCUGCAAAAGCUGGUUGAAGAACUGGAGGCCAAGCCAGAUACGCUUUCUUCUCAGACCAUGCUUCCUGUAUUGAGACGGCUGUAUCCGAGAUUGCAGACAUGGUUCGAGUGGUUUAACACCACGCAAGUUGGACCUGUGGCCAACUCCUACCGCUGGCGAGGUAGGGACAAAGACACCAAUCUUUAUCUAAAUCCGAAGACCCUGACUUCCGGUCUGGAUGACUACCCACGGGCCUCUCACCCUUCAGCUGAUGAGAGGCAUGUGGAUUUGUAUUGCUGGAUGGCACUGGCCUCCGGGAUUAUGGCAAAUGUAGCGAGAAUACUUGGGGAACCCUACCAGGUGUAUGAGAAUUCCCAUUAUACUCUCAGCAAUAAUGAUCUGUUAAAUGAACUGCACUGGUCCGAUAAUCUGCGGGCCUUCAGUGAUUAUGGAAAUCACACCCAGUCCGUGUCACUUCAGCAAGAGAAAGUGUUUGUGCCUCCUGGACAACCACGACACCAGUUCCCAGUAACACGACUGGUUCGUUCGGUUCGUAGAGCACCCAAGUUGCAGUAUGUGAAUGCGUUAGGCUACGUUAGCCUUUUUCCUUUCUUGCUACAUAUCCUGACACCAGACUCUCCGAAAUUAGAGCAUAUUUUACGAGACAUUCACGAUCCUGAACGCCUUUGGACGCCCUACGGUCUCCGCUCUCUCUCACGUUCAGAUCCUCUGUACAUGAAGAGGAACACGGAACAUGACGCCCCCUACUGGCGAGGUCCCAUUUGGAUCAACAUCAACUACCUGGCUGUUAGAGCAUUGCAUCACUAUAGUAACAUUGAUGGACCGUACAAGGAAAAAGCAGCUGCCAUCUAUCAGGAGCUCAGGACUAACCUUAUCAAUAAUGUUUACAAGCAGUAUCUGGAAACAGGGUACAUCUGGGAACAAUAUAAUGAUAGCACUGGAAGGGGACAGGGUAGCCACCCCUUUACAGGCUGGUCAGCUUUGACUGUACUAAUAAUGUCUGAAAACUACUGAGAAUUUGUAGCAGGCCAAAAUCAACAUGAUAUUCAGAGUCAGGAUGCUGAAUUGGUGCCAUGUGUUUGUAUGUUCCAACAAAAUGUAUUUUGUUUUUACUUCGUUUUAUUUUCUCAUUUGUUAUGAUUAAGCCCAAACUGUAUAAAAAUGUACGUUUUACAUACCAUUUAAUGUGAUUUAAUGAAUAUCCUCAGGUUCGAUGAGGCGCAAGCCUUUUCUUGUAUCAGGCAAAACAAUGUUAUCUGUAUUAACCUGGGAAACAACGGUGCACCAUUUUCUUGUUUCAUUGCUACAGUAUUUGGCUAAUUUAACAAAAUAAAAUAAAAAAUUCGUAUUAA